CCUCCCAACCCCAAUCUAAACAUAGGUCCGGUUGGUGGAGGUCAGUCUCUGCACUCUCAGACUAAUAUGAAUGAUAGCAUGGGCACUGGCUUGCCACCCACCUCACUAAUGCAGAGCCAAAUGAGCAAUGGCCCCAGCCACGUCCUCACCCAGCAGCAGCCCAGCACAUCCAUGAGCCAUGGCACGGGGCCUGGGUACAGCCACUCAGCGCCCACCUCUCAGGGUCAGGUGGCCUAUUCAUCUAUGGCCUCUCGUGCCAACCUCAACAUGCAGUCCAGCCAAGUUUCUAUGAUGCAUCAGCAAGGCACUGGAUCCCAUUACUCAUCCACCUCAGCAGGGGGUCAGCACUACCAGGGUCAGCAGACUGGAAUAAUGGCACAGGGAAACCAGGGGAACAGCAUAAUGUCACAAAGGCCAAUGGGAAGUUAUUGUGUCCCACAACAAGGAUCAGCCCCGCAGUACAUGGGCCAGGAGGAGUUCUACGGAGAGCAGUAUGGACACACUCAGAGCUCCAGCGAGCCUGUUAGCCAACAGUAUUACUCAGAUGGCCAUGAGGAGUAUUCCUAUCAGCAGUCUUCCUAUGGGGAGCAGAAUUAUGAGAGAUCCUUUGACGAGUCGUCACAACACUAUUACGAAGGCGGAAACUCUCAGUACAGCCAACAGCAGAUACAGUACCAACAAGGCUCUGGGACGCACCAGACGUUCAGCCAACAGCAGUACCCAUCCCAAGCCGGCUACAGCGCUCAGCCUCAGGGAUACGGUGCAGGGCAGGGCAGCUCAUCCCAGUAUCCUCAGUAUCAGCAGGGCCAGAGUCAGCAGUACCCAUCAUACCGCUCCAUUCAGCCAGGACCAGCCGCCCCGUCACAGAGGUCUUACCCUUUUGAACAGGUGAACACCAUGACCGUCCUGUACAAUGACAAAGUGACCCAGCCCAGUAAUGAGAGGGGUCAGUAUGGAAACUAUCAGCAAUAAAGAGACAUGGCUAAUGUUUGGGGCAGUUUUUUGUGUACAUCCCUCUUUACUCUGGAUGCUGGAAAAACAGAGGAUUCUCCACCAGCCCUGUCUCACAGGCUUGCUACGGAAUCAGAAUCAAACUCUAUAAACGGAAACAAAUAAAUUAGAUUUUUUACAAGGGUCUGGAGUUUAUUUUUUAAUCCUACUUUUAUCAUACAGGAGAUAUUAUUUUCUCUACCAGAACACUGAAGUUUUUUUCUGUAAUUAUUUGUUUAUUUUGCACUGUAAGUUUUGUCGAUUGUCUGAAUGGGUGGAUGAAUGGAUUAAUGUUCUGAUAGCACAAAUGGAAAUACUGAUGUUUAUUUUCCAUGUUUAUUUUGUUAUUUAUUUAGUUUUGUUUAUUUCAAUUUUAAAUACUGUAAUCAUACAUUUUAAUCGAAGGGAACGCAAAAUUGCAGACAAAUAGCCAAAGUUCAAAUUUUACACAUAAUAAGUUGUAUAUAGAUUUCUUUAUUGC